AUGUCCAAUUCAAACCAAAUAAACAAUAAUGAAACAGAUAUUGAUCAUGACAAAGAUUCAAGAUUUGACUCAGGUACUUCAUCAUCUGGAUUUAGUACACCAAAUUCCAACUCUGAUCAAAAAUAUCAUAUAUCUGUUCAAACUAUCGUAUCAUCAUUAUUAUGUCAACGAAUCAUAAAACGAUGUAAGUCAAUAAUUAAAGUUCGUAGAUUCUCAAAUUUGGAAGAAGCAAAUAAACAAUUAUUUAUGUUAGAUAAUGAACUAGAAACACAAUGGCAAAAAAAAUAUAAUUUUUAUUGGAACGAAUGA